AUGGGAUUUAAGAGUGAUUCCAUGGUAGGAACUGUGGAUACACAGAAGGGCAGAAGAUUGGGGAUGAUGAUUCUGGGUCUGGACAUUUUAAAUUUGAAGUGCCCAUGGCACCUGCAGCUGAAAAUGCCUCGCAGUCAGUUUUGUAUGAGUAUAUGGAGUGUGGCCUUCCCAGGUUGCUCAGUAGUAAAGAAUCUUCCUGCCAAUGCGGGAGACCCAGGUUCGAUCCCUGGGUCAGGAAGAUCCCCUGGAGAAGGGAAUGGCAACCCACUUCACUAUUCUUGCCAUGGACAGAGGAGCCUGACGGGCUAUAGUCCAUGGGCUUACAAAGAGUCAGACAUGACUGAGCAACUAACACAGACACACACAGUAUAG